AUGACUGCCUCAAAAUCAAUUACGAAGAAAUCACGUGUGAUCUCUUCAAAUUGGCCAAGGUUCCUCGUCAUCAGUUCCACUGAUGAUAGGGCCUUGAAAAAAUUGUCACCUUUUGCAAUUCAAAAGGGGCUCGUCGGUCUAGUCGGGGAGCCAAAAAAUGUUACAAAAAUUAAAAACGGAUCGCUGUUGGUUGAAUGUUCGACAGAAAAGCAUUCUAAAUGUCUUCUCAAGUCGACUAUUCUAGCCAACAUUCGCAUCAUCGUACUGCCACACACUUCUCUCAACUCCUCGAAGGGAGUUAUCAGAUGCCGAGAUUUGGAAGGUGUUAGUGAUGAGGAAAUCUGUGACAAUCUUACUUCACAAGAUGUCACAGUCGUCAGGAGAAUAAAGGUUCGGAGGAACAACGAAUUGGUUCCAACGAAUACCUUUAUUCUAACAUUCAGUACUCCUACCCUUCCACAUUCGAUUAAGGCUGGAUACCUCAACAUUCCUGUUGAGCCUUUCAUUCAUAAUCCACUUCGAUGCUUCAAAUGCCAGAAAUAUGGCCAUGGUCAAAAUACCUGUCGAGGCAAACUGACAUGUGCUCGUUGCGGUCAGUUUGACCACGACAGUAAAACUUGCAAAAAAGACCUUGUAUGUACAAACUGCAAGGGAGAUCAUUUCGCGUACUCGAGAGAGUGCCCGAUGUGGAAAAAGGAAAAGAAGGUUCAGGAGAAAACUGCAAAAGCUGCUCAGCAGCAGAAGGAGGCAGCUCAGAAAAAGAAGCAAGCUCCUGCCAAUGCUACCUGCUCCACACAGGUGUCCUUGGACACAAACAAAUCAUCAGUUGGGUUGUGUACUGGGAUGCCAGUUCCCAGCCUACCCAAGUUAAAAAGCAAACCAGCGAAGAAGGAUCACACCUCUGGGCGGCUUAAAAAAGCCGAACAGAACUUAACAACAAGUAAUAUGUUUCAGGCUCUGGAUGAUGGAGGUGAUGAGAUGGAAGUCUCAUCACUUGAUUAUCCAGGAACAAAACGACCACCACCAAAGCCAAAGAUAACUCCCAUACUUCCUCCCGAUGGCGAAUAA